CUUAAACUCAAAGGUAACGCUCACAUUGAGAGGUGUGCCUGCUCUGGGAAAGGUGUGUCUUCAGUUUGUCUCUUCACCAAAGCUCCGAACUGUUUUCAGUGCUGUCCCUGCCUCUCUGUGUCACCUAAGACAAAAGUUACAUAGCCAUCACCAUGCCUGAGACUGCAGAAACCCACUCUGCCCACCUGCCCACCAACCGCCACUGCACAGUGGAGAUAUCCAAUAUCAGUAGCACGUACUGCCUGGUAAACCCCAAAGUCUACAUGGAAAGCGGUUAUUGCUACAGCCCUCCCCAGCCCACCGUGCGUAGCCAGCACACAGAGGUCUUCUCCUUCAUCAAAGACGACAACACUGCAUCUGGCGCUGUUGGGGUAUUCACCUACGAACUUUUCAACAUGCAAAAACGCCAGGCCCGCGAGAUCAUGGCCGUCAUGUUCUCCGUGCCUUUCGAUUAUACCUUCUACAAAAACUGGCUGGGCGUGGGUGUGUUCGACCAGUCCAAGCCUUGUGAUGAAGAUCUGUACAAGCACAUGUAUAACGGCAAGGAUUUUUCACACUUUGUACGCCACGAAGCUAAUGGGUCAGGGAUAGUGUUCUCCUCCAGUACUGUGGACGUGAGGGCGUGCAUGUCCGACCAAGGCAAAGCUAUCAUCAAACUUGAACUUUACGAUAAAAUGUGUAGAUGAGCUAAUGUUCUGUUGCAUCUUCGUGCACCAAAUUGUAAAAAUCAAACAACUUGCAUAUAUAUGUGGUCUAUAUGUAUACUGGUGCAGCACAAAUAUAAUAAAAAACAAGAACUACGUA